AUGAGCUCGUACUUCUCUUCCCUAACAUCCUCAUCCUCCAUAUCCAAUGUCAUCGGUUCGCGGCUUAACAGCCUCCGCCGCGCCAUCACCGUAGGCGACGAAGCGGACGACCCGGAAAACGAAGACUGCUCUCAUAUUUCCAACGCACUCCGCGCCUACUACAUCGAAAAGGGACGUCCAUUCCCUGCAUGGCUUCCUCCGGACCCAAAGGCGUCAUCGGCCUCAUCCUCCCGUGUCGUCGCGACCAGCCAGGGCCAGGUCCCCGCUGGUGCUAACUACGGCCGUGGAGGCGGUCUGGGUGAUCUGUGGGGUGACUCGGGUUCACCUCAACCUCCACCUGCACAAACAGCCAGUCUGCGCCGAGGUCGAGGCGCGGCCAGUGUUCCUCCACUUACGUCCAACAACAGCUCGUCCUCAGGCCCCGUGGGUUCGACUGGGUCGCCGCUCACACACGCCCAGACAACGCCUGUCAUUCCAGGCUCUCUUCAACCUGCUGGAGCUCGGCCCUUGCCUAGCCAGCGAGCUGGAUCAUAUCAGUCAAAUCAGACACGGAUGAACUCUGGUGGAUCAGGUGGUUCCGCGCAAGAACGGCUGCGGGCACGGUUGCAGGGAGGGCGGUCUCCUAGUCCUGCCAAUCUUGAUCCUAGUGUACGAAAGCCUGUGGGAGAACGCCGAUGGUAA